UCAGUCACUUGGGAGAGGGAGGCAAUGACAACCACACCAGUCUUGUGGAUAGUCUCCAACAAAUACGAUGAAGGUCUCCCGUGGUGUUGACCAGAACCAACAUGGCUGGCACCUGACCGACUGUCCCAGCAGCGCUCAAGGGCCCCGGGCACCCGCCAGCCACACGCACAGGACCUGUGCUCAGCAUAAUAAAUCAUGCCAUCCUAGUAAUGCCAUAUAAGUAGUAAAAGAAUGUGGUGGAGGUGGGGCGCGAGGCUUGGCACCACUGCAUGAGGUCACUGGUGUGAUAAGUUAUCAGUUAAGAGUUGAUCACUGCAGACCUCCGCCACACACCCUCCUGUACAGGAGAAACGAUGUACAUUUGAUGACUGGCUUCCCAGGACGUGGCCAAUAUGGUAAGAUACAUGAAUAUCCAAGACGCUUGUAACUGCAAAGUCUGCUUCAGUGACUUCGACGACCAAGAUCAUCGUGCUCGGGUGCUGGCCUGCGGCCACACCUUCUGCGCCUCCUGCAUCACUGACAUGAUCAAGAACAAGAAUGGUACUGUUGCUUGUCCCAACUGUCGUAGCGAACACACUCUUACUACGGCCACCGACCUCAAUGUUAACUACCUUAUAGACGAAAUGUUUUCAGAAGGUCAAACUGACUCAGCCCCUGCCCAAGCCCAUGGCCAAGACCUUGUCCAAGCCCCUGUCCCUGUCCAAGCUCCUGACUGCCAUGUUGACAAACCUGGUUGUCCUAAGCUAAGUGCAGGAGUGUGUGACGAUCACGGCCAGUACCUGCUCUUCAAGUGCGGCACAUGUGACGUAUGGAUCUGUCAAGCAUGUACCGUUGUUGAACACCCAAGGGAAAAAUGUUCAGUUUUAAGUAUCAAAAAGGCUAUUGAAGAUAUGAAAACUAAUGCAACAAACAACAUAAACUCCCAGAUUGCUAAAUGUGAAGCAGCAUUAGCUAAACUAAACAGUUACGACUCGGAGCUAGAAGAACAGGUCCAAUCACAUCACAAUUAUUUAAUAAGUCAAGAAGCUGUGAUGAGCCACUGUAGAGAGACAAUGAGCGCCCUCGAGACGGAGCAACACAGAGCAUGUAAGGAACGAGAAGAAUGUUAUGGAGCGAAGCAAGACCUGGAGGCUCUGGUUGGGCGUAUUGAUGACACCUUCACUCUGCAGGAAGUAAAUGAUUGCCUCCAAGAUACUCGCCAGGUUGAGCAAACAAUUGACAACUGGACAAAGCAUUUUGAAGAUAAUUUUCCAAAUGAAACACUCGUCUCAAAAUCAAAGAAGGUGGAGAUGAUGAGCGGCGUCGUCCAGCAGCUGGUCUCCUGGGACGCCACCACCCGCCUGCAGGAGCAAGACCUCCGCCAGGUCGUUCAGGCCAUCAAGAGAACGCUGUUGCAAGCCCUUGUGAAGACGAGAGAAGUGUACGCUGUAGUGGAGAGAGAACACCAAAUGUAUCUUCCUCUUACAUACCAUGACAACACCUUCAUCUUUGGUCCUGUACAGCACCACCUUCACUCUCCCCAAGCCCACCUCAUGUCGCUGCAGGAGUUGCUUAGUGAGAGUGGGGCCGUGUACGCUGUGGUGGAGGAGGGGGCGAGGUGUAGCCUAGCUGCCCAGGUCACACCCACCGGGGCAGGUUACACCCUACACCCGCUCCUACACUCCCAGGUCCCACCACACUCCACCAAGAUACCUCUAUUGGAGACAUUAGUGGGAGCCGGGUUGGUGGUGGGUGUUGAGGAGGAGAGCGGGCGAGGCGGCGUGGCUAGCCUCUCCUGCCUCCACACACAGCCUCCACACCUGUUGUGCCUCCAUGUCCUCAGGUACCAUCCCCCUCCUCCACCUCCUGCCGACUCCUUCAAAAUAUCAUACAGACACUUGCACCAGAUGAUAGGAGAGUCCACAGUCGAGGUGUUCCUUGAGCUAGCCUGGGGAGGGAAGACACGCGGCCGAGUGUAUAUGAAGGUGGACGUGACCUCCGGACGUGGCCAGCAGUUCCUCAUGCUGUGCACAGGAGAAGGAGGCUUUUCUUACGUCAACACUAAGCUUCUCAGUGUUGGUAACAAGGGCCACCCAGGAGAAUUCCUCCUUGGCGGAGACUAUGAGAAUAAUGACGGCAGUGGUGGUGCUGCGCUGUUGGCGGGCAUUCCGUCCGCUCCAGGACUUGCAAGACCACUGACUGCAGGUCUACUGUCCGGUCACAAUCACUCAGACAAAAGCAGCCAGUUUCUCAUCUACACGAAAGAUCUUCCAGGAUGUAAAGAUUAUCUGAGUUUUGGGAAAGUGAGGGAAGGUUUGGAUGUGUUGGUGUCGGCUGCUGCACUCAGUGACCCGCGUGAGGCCACUGUGGAAGAUUGUGGCGUGAUUGUGUCGUUGUAAGUAAUGAAGACGCUGCCAUGUUACACAGCUACCUUAGGUAUCUAAUAAUAUGCAUUACUUAUGUAUUAUGCAGACGGUGAGUCACAAUAACGUGGCUGAAGCGUUGAUAUCCAACCCACAACUGAAAAUGAAGAAACUAUGACGUUUCGGUCCGUCUUGGACCAUUAUCAAGUCAUGUAAUGGAAAGACAGUGGAAAGAGGAACACCAAGGUUCACAAACUCGGUGUCGAUCUUCGUCCUGACAUUUCUUCGGAAAGCUCAGUCGGUUAUCCUCUUGCUUCCUGACUUGCCAAAACUCUCACUCUUAUCAUUGUACUUUUUCUCCUGCGCACCUUCGUCACUCUCACGACGAAGUUCUGGCCAGUUCCCCCUUCUCCCACUCUCAGUGUUCUGGCAAGACACCAUUCCCCCACACUAGCUACCACCUCCCUUCCCCAAACUAGUGUUCCUGCCAAUUACCAGUCACCGGCUCACUGAGUGUUCUGGUAAGUGCCCCCUCGAGGUUAUUCCGUUUUCUUUGAUAUAUAAAUAAAUGAACUCUUGACAAAUCGCAUGUGCAUAGGAGAGUGACACGUGCCCAGUAGAGUGGCACAUGUUCAGGAGAAUGGCGGGAUAGGAGAAAACAAGGUUAGGUUAGGUUGGGUCGGGACAGGUUUACUUAAAGAGUAAAGGUGUAGGGUGGUGGAGACUGGUGAGGUGUUAGAGCGCUGCGGCUUGAUCAGAGGCGGGGUGAUUCCUGUCAUAAGGUUUGUGUACACCGAGGGGUGUACCUGGAUUAUCACGGAUAUAUACACUGGCAGUUUAGUGCAGGACAGGAAGUCCACUACGGGCUCUCCAUAGCCCGUGCUACUUGCCCCGCUCCUGUGCCAGGUAAGUUACAGGCUCACCAUAGCCCGUGCUACUUGGAACUUGUUCCGAGUAGCUGAAUCUAUAACAACAACAUAGUGCAGGAUGACAUUGGUCAGCAGGUCCAGCGGGUGAUCUAGACCAGAAGCAGCGCCAAAACUAUUGAUGUCCAAGGGUUGCCUCCUGAAGUGUGACCAACACCGCUCUCAUCCUCAUCAAAACCAACAGCUUUCUCUCCAGUAUUUGUUGAAACUUUCUUAUAUUUCUAUACGAAGCGAUCCUGCACUUUGGGCCUUUCAUAUAUUUGUUGAGCAUCAAUUAACUUGUAUACGCGCAGCUCCAAGUUCAUUUUUAAAGACUAUAUUUAACGUUUUAUUUUUAAUUACUUUCAAUAUAAUUACAAUAAAGAAUUUAUAAU